CUCAACCCACUUCACUUGUGAAAAUGGUGAAUGUAUAAAAUUAAGCAGCCUUUGCAACCAGGCCAAUGACUGCACAGAUGCCAGCGACGAAAACGAGAUUGUUUGUUCUCACUUAUCCCAAUGUAAGGAAGAUGAAUAUUUCUGCGAACUGGAGUCCAAAUGCAUACCACUGGAAAAUGUGGAUGAUGGGAUCGUGGAUUGUGCAGGCGGCGAAGAUGAAAGAAAUCAAAAUACGCCCGCUGAUAAAGACAACAUAAUUUCGGUUAUCAUCGCAACCACCAGCGCCGUAGUUUUCAUGGUAGUUGCAGCCGGGUGUUUCUUGUGUCGAAGAAGAUCAGAAAAACCCGCCUUGAAACGUCAUGAAACAUCUACUGAAAUCAGGAAAUCUUUUCACACUGGCAACACUGAUACCGCCCAAAAUACCGAAAUAUUACCAACACCCUGGAAAACUGACAAUUCUCUAAAAUGCAUCUCCAUCUUAGGAGAAGGGACUUUUGGAAAAGUAUUCAAAGCCGUGAAUCCUCAAAACUUGGACAACCCAUUCGUCGCCAUUAAAUGUGUCGACAUUAGAAAAAUGCUAAAACUCAGCUGUACCCCGGGAUGUACAACUUCCACCACCACCGAAUCCAAUCAUACUUCAAAAAACGUGGAUACAAAUAUUCUAACUACUCUUUUGAAUGAAAUCGAUGUUUUAAGCCAGCUCAGCAAUGAUCACGUCGUACGGUAUAUUGACUCUUGGGCAGAAGCUGAAGAUUUCAGUUGUCACAAAUUGGACCGUUUUAAACUUCAGGAAUAUGUCAAAUCCUUACUGACUAGCAGUCUUAGCCUCCCGUGUUGUAUAUUAUCACCAUACAACAACAUUUUCAUCAGAAUGGAACUUUGUCAAUUUACUUUAAAGUACUUCUUGGUAAAGAUAGACCCUCAAAAUUUGGGAAUUCGACAUGUCGCCACGAUUUUUAACGAUGUCGCAACCGGUUUAAAAUACAUCCACCAGAAAGGCUUUAUCCAUCGCGAUAUAAAACCCGGAAACUUAUUUUGCAAACAGGAACAAGGUGAAGGUUAUAUUUGGAAAAUUGGCGAUUUUGGUUUAGCAACUAGACUUGCUGAACACCCGGAUAAAAAUUAUGGCCAAUUGGGAACCAAAUGGUAUUGGAGUCCUGAAAUGAGCCGGAAUUACUCGUACACUACAAAAACUGACAUGUACAGCUUGGGAUUAACGUUUUUGGAAAUAGUUAAACAUGGAAGGGAUGAAUUUGAAAUGUUUAAACUUGCUGAAAAAUUAAAUGUUCUUAGAAGUGUGGAACGAUCCGUGUAUCUUAGGGAAGCUGUGCAGGAUAAAUUUGCACCUUGGCAGAAAGUUAUUGCUAAAUUAGUCGAGCCUGAGCAGAGCAAGCGAUUUGAUUGCAAUAAGUUGGAGGUGAUUUUGUGUAACAUAAGUUAUUGAGUUUUAUUUACUUUUUUUCUGUUCGAGCAUAUGUACAUAUGUAUACGAGGGUGG